CCCAGGUGACGUCUCCAUUCUCUCUUCCAUCUCAAGUGUAUAUUUCUAGAAAACUCUUCAUUCUCGAUCCUCUUUCUAUCCCGAAUACGCGCCAUCCCUAUCUGCUAUGGCGGAGAAAGAACUCACUCUUUUUGGUGGGAGCAGUUCAUGGAAUGCCAAAGACUGGAUUACUAGUGAUGAUCGGGUGAGGGGAGGAAAGUCACAGUCAUACCUCGAAUGCUCUUCGUCGUCUGCCCGAUUCCACGGGGAGCUAGAUAUCAAGACUUUGGGCGGGGCUGGAUUUGCAAGCCAGCGCACCGCUGGAGAUGAUGUGUCGUGGGAUCUAUCGGGCUAUGAUGGCAUCCAGCUGAAAUUGUAUACUUCUAAAGCUGACAAUCAACGCUACACAUUUAUUAUAAAAGACGAAUUACUUCCAAAGAACCCUGAAAAUGGCAGAGAACAAUCCACGACAUCCUGGGAAUAUGAUUUCUCCAAUGAUCUAAAAGAGAGCGCAGGCGAUCACAGUCUGCUACUUUUCAUCCCGUGGGACAGCUUCAAGCCUACUUAUCGAGGAAAGGAGAAGAAAGAUCCUCUACCGCUUGAUCAUAAGAACAUCAAACGAUUUAGUAUCAUGAUGAGGAGUUUCUUUGGCGAUCAGGAAGGCCCCUUUUCGCUCUCAAUUCGAUCUAUCAAAGCGGUAACUACUCCUCGAGACGUUGGGAAAGGCGCUUAUAGCAUUGAAGAACAGGAUUUCAGCCCGCCCAUGCACCGAUAUUCAUUUGUAAUCGCCGCUGCUCUUAUGCUCCUCGCCAUCCCCUCCAUGUUGAGGAUGUCAGUCCGCAAAUAGACCAUCAUCGAAGCCUUCUCUACCUCGCCUGACUCAAUCACACUAUAUCCUAUAUCCCCGGCCCCACCUUCUUAGAAUACCGAUGACCUGACAAUUUCUACUCACCUGAACGAGGGGU